CUGGACCCUUCACGACGCAUCCAACUGAUCACCCAUUUCCUCCUAUAAAAAUGCAGCGGCCGUCGAGCCAGAAUCCACCACUCGACGCGAGGAAUCGAAGCAGCAACAGCAACUAGCUGCAGCAUCAAAAGUUCAGGUUCGAUCUCAGCUCUCAAACUACGAUAAUUCAGCGAUGUCGCUGGUGCGGAGCGGCGGCAACGUGUUCGACCCUCUGUCGCUGGACUUCUGGGCGUCGGCCGACCCUCUGGGCGUGGUGCGGCCGCUGGCGGAGCAGUGCCCCGUGCUCACCAACGUGCGCGUGGACUGGAAGGAGACCCCCGACGCGCACGUGUUCAGGGCCGACCUCCCGGGGGUCAAGAAGGACGCCGCCAGGGUCGAGGUGGAGGACGGCGGCGUGCUGGUGAUCAGCGGCGAGCGCGCCAGGGAGGAGGCCGGGGAGGGCGAGGCGUGGCGUCUCGUCGAGCGCAGCAGCGGCGGGUUCCGGCGCCGGUUCCGCCUCCCGCGCGGAGCGAGGCUGGACCAGGUGCGCGCGUCCAUGGAGGACGGCGUGCUCACCGUCACCGUGCCCAAGGAGGAGGCCAAGAAGCCGCAGGUCAGGGCCGUCGAGAUCUCCGGCUGAUCGAUCGAUCCGUUCACUGCGUGGACGUGAUCGGAAUGAUCCGAAUGGCCAAGCUGUACCACUAUGUGAUGUACGAGUGGCAUCUCUGUGUACGUGUCCAUCGUUUGUGUUACGCGUUGUGUCUUGCGUCGGAUCACACGGACUGUGUGAUGUGUAGCGCACCUGUGUCCUCUUGUAGCUGUUGUGUAUGUAUGAUUGGUGGAGCCGAAUAAACUGAGUUCGUCCA